AUGUUAGAUUCAGAGAAGGACUCCAAUAUGCCAGUGCCGACGUCGGCGACGUCGCCCACCUUGCCCAAGGCUUAUAGGCACAUCAUCUUGACAACGUAUCCCGGCCAAAGCGGUAUCGAGCCUGUGCCUCUCGAAUGGGGCGCGCCAGACGCUAAAUCGCGCGGCCCGAUCGUGGUAUCGCGGAGUGGGAACCUUUUGAAGCGCCGCAAUGCGAUCGGUGCCCACGGCGGUUCCUAUAGCGUCUAUAACGCGCUUGCUAUUGCGGCGGGUGAACUUGAUGCAGACUUUCGACCAGAUUUGCGCAAUAGCCAACCGACAUUCAAUUUUGCGCAGCAGUCGGCCUGGGGCGAUAAGACAAAAAUCGUGUCGAUGGAUCCGUAUGGGCAUGAUAUCGUCAAUCAGUAUAAGGAAGAACUGACAGCUGGCUGGGAUAUUCGGCCCACUAUGGCCAUCACUAGAGCCAACAUGAAGCUGGCAGAGAUUGGAGAGGUUGUCAGGGAAGGAAAGCUUGAGGUAGAUGGCUCUAUUGUUGUUGACUCUUCCGGCGAGGUGCGCGUUACAAAGGUCGCCGUGGAACCUGUGUGGUAUUUACCCGGUGUCGCCGAGCGAUUUGGUGUGGAUGAAGGCACAUUGCGUCGUACUCUAUUCGAACACACCGGCGGCAGCUAUCCAGAGCUGAUAACCCGACCAGACCUGAAAGUCUUCCUUCCUCCAAUCGGAGGACUCACCGUGUACAUCUUCGGUCCGCCUGAGCGGGUAUCUGAUGAGAACGUCAAGCUGGCAUUGCGCAUUCACGAUGAGUGCAAUGGCAGUGAUGUUUUCCAAUCAGACAUCUGCACAUGUCGCCCGUAUUUGGCUUUCGGUGUCCAGGAAGCGAUCCGCGAGGCACAGAAUGGAGGAAGCGGGGUGGUCAUCUAUUUCCGCAAGGAGGGCCGCGCUCUAGGUGAGGUGAUCAAAUACCUGGUAUACAAUGCCCGCAAGCGUGGAGGAGAUACCGCCGACAAGUACUUCACGCGGACGGAGAAUAUCGCAGGUGUGCGAGAUAUGCGAUUCCAAGCCCUGAUGCCAGACAUCCUUCACUGGCUCGGCAUAAAGAAGAUUGACCGUAUGCUAUCCAUGUCGAAUAUGAAGCAUGACGCCAUCGUGGAAUCAGGCAUUAAGAUUCUCGAGCGUAUCCCCAUUCCCGAAGAGAUGAUCCCCAGCGACUCGCGGGUCGAGAUCGACGCUAAAAUUAAUGCGGGGUACUUCACAACUGGGAAACAGUACACAAUGGAAGAACUUACUCAGGUCCGUGGGCGUGGCUGGGAGAAAUGGGAAGACGUCACGGUAGGUGCACCUCAAUUGCUAGCGAUGCUGCGAUACCUGUGA